UAAUAGUAUUGUAAUGAAUUUGCGGAAACCCCCUAUACGUCGAGGGUUUUCCAAGGCUUCUGUUUAUACAGUAGUGGUCGUUGUUUUGUUUAUCUGUUUGUGGUUUAUGAGUGAUAAUAAGUGGUCAAUUGCACGCUUGUUGAGUUUCUCACUCCCAAGUUGCAAGAACGGAAAGGGAACUUGCUUUUAUGUCGAGGGUUUUCAAGGUUGUGGUUUUUUCCGAACUGCUGCAUGUUUAGCGCAGAAACUUGAGGAGCAACAUCAGGGAGAGGUAAAGGUGUUUGUCACCAUGCGUUCUCGUGAAUCCUGGCCUCAGGCCUUGGAAGAAACGAAAAAACAUAUUCCUGGUGCAGAAGAACAUCGAACCUCACCUAUAGUGUAUGAAGGUUGUCCUUCAGAGGACAGAAAAGCGCCAACCUGCUUCAAAUUUGUUGGAGGCUUUACAGAGUUUUUCCAAGAGGCUACCAAAAGGUUUGGACCUGUUGACUUGACGGAUUGCGCCAAGUUUCAAGCGCAGCGGCUCUGAGUUCUUUAUUUGUUCAUCUUGCUUCAAAGUUUUGUUAAGAUGAAAAGAUAACGGAGAAAAUGUUCUUCAUCAUAUGACGACUUGAAACCUGGAAACGGCAGUAUAAAGUGUAGUUUUUCAUAUAAAAGUUGAUGGGUUUUCAGAAGCACA